UAAUCCGAAUGGAUGGAAUGCAAAACGGACGCAUUAUGUCGGUCGUGUGACCUGUUUAUACUUAACUUUCCUGUUAACAGACAACCUUUACCCCUUCCACAUGAGGCAGACACAGACUCCUCAGUUGGACUUUGGGAAGCUGGUUUUCCCUCCCCAUUGUAUCUGGCUGAAGCAAGGCAGGCAUAAAGAGCAGCGAGCUGCACGAAUCCUGUCACUCACACCAGCAUCCUUUGGGAUAUCGGAGAAGGAGAAACUUGAAGAUUAUCUCGUGGGAUCUAAGAAUUACCAGAUCUCAUUCGGUCUUCUCUUUUCCUUCGGGAACCACUUUCUUUUCUCUUCUGUUCCCAUUACAACGUCCACAAUGUCCAUAUUCAUGGCGCCUUCUGCAGUUCCCACUGGAUGCGACCCUCUUUCCACGUUGUGUUCGGGCACAAACUGCCUCGUUCCUCCCAGUAACUUCAAUGACAUGCUGAGCUUGGCGUUGAGCGUAGUGCUCACCGUAAUGCUCGCCAUGGUCAUGUUCUCCAUGGGCUGCACUGUGGAUGCCGAAAAGCUGUGGGGCCACAUCAGACGACCCUGGGGCAUCGUCAUUGGCUUCCUUUGCCAGUUCGGCAUCAUGCCUUUCACAGCCUUCGCCUUGUCACUGGCCUUCGGUGUGCUGCCUGUGCAGGCCGUCGUCAUCAUCAUCAUGGGUUGCUGUCCUGGAGGCUCGGGCUCCAACAUUAUCUGCUACUGGCUGGAUGGAGACAUGGACCUAAGUGUCAGCAUGACUGCGUGUUCCUCCAUCCUGGCCUUGGGGAUGAUGCCUCUAUGCCUGCUCAUUUACACCUCCACCUGGACUUCUACCAGCACCAUCCAGAUCCCAUAUGACAGCAUUGGUAUCACUCUGCUGGCCCUUCUAGUCCCGAUAGCUCUGGGAAUAUAUGUUAAACGCAGGUGGCCCCGCUGGGCCAAAAAGAUCCUCAAGGUGGGAUCCAUAGCCGGCUUUGGUCUUAUUCUCAUCAUAGCGGUGGUUGGAGGAAUUCUCUACCAGUCCUCCUGGGACAUUGAUCCCUCCCUAUGGAUUAUUGGAACUAUCUACCCCUUCAUUGGUUUUGGCCUGGGGUUCCUCUUAGCCCGCUUCACGGGUCAACCCUGGAACAGAUGUCGAACCAUCGCAUUAGAGACGGGUUUCCAGAACUCCCAGCUGUGCAGCACCAUUGUCCAGCUGUCCUUCAGCCCUGCUGAGUUGGAGGUCAUGUUUUCGUUCCCCCUCAUCUACAGCAUCUUCCAGCUGGUGGUGGCCGUCCUUUCAGUCGGAUCAUAUCAGGCAUAUAAACGAUUGUGUCACCCAGCUGAUGAAGAGACUGAGGAUGCAUCCCUGGAAGCCGGCGAAGGCGAAUCAAAGAAGGCUCACGCUGUGGAGAACAGCGCCUUCGAGUGUGAUGACAAAGUUCACAGCAGCGAGAAGGGGCGGGAGGUCAGCGGGAUCACCCAGCUGUGAGAAGACCGACCUGCCAGUUAGAGCAUUUAGAUCUGCAGUAUGAACAUCCAGCGUCCCGCCACCAGUCAUGACAGCAGCCACGAGUCAACGGGGACCUCGCAGCGCCCCCUACAGGCUGACACUCGGCACUACAGGUCCUGUUUCUAAAAAACGUUUGGCAAGGCACGCGUGAAACUCCCCCCUCGUAUGUUCCUCCAACUAAAUAACUAACCUGUCAGACGAUGUUGAAGGCCCACUUUCCAUUUAAUUUAUUCAUAUUUAAUUAUAACCAACUGUGUGCGUUGUCAGAAAGCUCUUUUGGCCAAUGUACCUUGAUCAACGCAUCUACAUGUCUGUAUAUAUGUUCAUAAGAAGAUAUUUACUGUAAUGUGCGCUGAAUGGUGGAAGAUGAAACUGAAUACUAAUAUAAUGUGUUUAUGUGACAUUCAACAUUUAUCUGACAAAGAGUCAAAGACGUGUGUACAGAUCCAACGUUUCACUGGGGGUCAAACCCUCUAGUAGAGCACAAUGCCGUUAUGUUUUUAAAAUAAGUGUUCUUCAUUAUCCUGAUUCUCUAUCCUCAUGUAGCGGGUGAAAUCAGUGCAGUCUCGCCUGUGUUUUCUCUGCUCUUUCAGUUACUCUUAGUUCUUCUACGCCUCAUUUAUGUGAAACAGCUAAUUCUUAGAAUUUUUUUUAAUACAUAAACCUGUUUUAACAUAUAUAUUUAUGAAACAUAUUCACAGCUCAUUUAUUUGUCCUCUGUAUUACGCAAUUGUAAAAAACAACAACAUCUGAAUUCCGUGGAGCUACAUUAAAGUAUUUUACAAAACA